AGCAUCAAUGUCUUUUUACAUCACUAAUCCGAGUAUCGCGGAAAAAAAGCAGCCGCAUUUUGUAAAUUAAGUCCGAAUUAGAACCGAUAUAAGUCCUGAUUUAUUCGGCAAAGGGAGCGGCGGUAGCAAAAAGCAACAAUAGAUGCAAAAAACGCAACAGAGAAAGAAGUGAAAAAAGCAUACAUACAUACGCACGUACACACGUCUCGCUCGUCGAAGGAAUAUAUGUAUACGGCUGGGUGUGAGUGCGCUUGUGUGUGCUACAGCAGCUUCUAGGCGUGAAAGAGCGAGGGAUACAUUCCCUUCCCAUACUCGCGACUUUUGGAGCGUCUCGCGAGCGAGCGAGAGAGAGCGAGAGCCAUGGACGGCGUUUGGAUGUUUUUGGGGAACAAAGGCGUCAAGAGCUAAAAUGAUUUGGCACUGCAAGCGCGAUUUAUUUUGGAUACGCAGCCAAAGCCAAGCCAUCCAAAACGGAUUCCAGCUCCGAUCCAGUGUGUCGCCGUGUGUAUGUGUGAGUCUCGACGAAAAGCCGUGGAAAAAGAGGGACACACUCACGCACACCGAAGCAGCAGACAAAGCAUCGUUCUGCGAGUUCGAGCGAGAGGCACAAUAGCGCCUUAGUGAAUAAUUCAUUUAAGACUGUCCUGCAGAAUGGUCGUCGGCUCGAACCACACGCGGCGCGGUGAAACUGGCAGCAGAUUUACAAACAGCAGCAGCUCCAGCAGCUCAAACGGUGGCUCCACCGCUUCGGCCAGCAGCACCACCAGCGCAACGUCUUCACUAGCCACCAAUUCCACAUCGACGGCUGCGGCUCUGUUGUCGUCCAUGUCCCACAAGAGCCAUGGCCCUCCGCCAUCCGCACCGCCAUCUGCGCACCACCAGACCAGCCAGCAGCACCACCAGGAGGCCCACAACCAGCCACAUGCCACCCAUUACCAGCAGGCAAACCAGCAUCCUAGCCACCAUCACCAGUCCCAUCAGUCCUCGAACGGCAGUGGCGGAGGAUCUGCUGGAUCGGGAUCGGGAUCUGGAUCGGUGGUCAGUGGACUCAAUGGCUGCAACGGCAGCGCCGUCAGCCGCCUGUCGCAAUCCACUGGCAUGUCGCCGCGUGAACUCUCCGAGAACGAUGACCUGGCUACAUCACUGAUCCUCGACCCGCAUCUCGGUUUCCAGACCCACAAGAUGAACAUACGCUUCCGGCCGCUGAAGGUGGACACGCAGCAACUGAAGGCGAUCGUGGAUGACUUCAUCCACACGCAGAACUACGACAUAGCCAUCCAGCGCAUCUACGAGGGGCCGUGGAUACCGCGUCAUCUCAAGAACAAGAACAAGAUUGCCACCAAGCGGCUCCACGAUCAUAUCGUCCGGUACCUGCGCGUUUUUGACAAGGACAGCGGCUUUGCAAUCGAGGCCUGCUACAGAUACUCACUGGAGGAGCAACGUGGCGCCAAGAUUAGCUCGACGAAGCGUUGGUCGAAGAACGACAAGAUCGAAUGCCUGGUGGGCUGCAUCGCCGAGCUGACGGAGGCGGAGGAGGCUGCUCUGCUGCACUCUGGCAAAAAUGACUUCUCAGUGAUGUAUAGUUGUCGCAAGAACUGCGCCCAAUUGUGGCUGGGACCGGCUGCCUAUAUCAACCACGAUUGUCGCGCCAACUGCAAGUUUUUGGCCACCGGCAGGGACACAGCGUGUGUGAAGGUCCUGCGCGACAUUGAGGUGGGGGAGGAGAUAACCUGCUUCUAUGGCGAGGACUUCUUUGGGGACUCGAAUCGCUACUGUGAGUGUGAAACGUGCGAGCGCCGUGGAACGGGUGCCUUUGCCGGAAAGGAUGAUGGCCUGAUGCUGGGUCUGAGCAUGGGACUCGGUUUGGCCAGCAGUGGACCCGGUAAUAAUGGUGGCUAUCGUCUGAGGGAGACGGACAAUCGGAUUAAUCGCAUCAAGAGUCGAGCCAACUCCACGAACAGCACCUCGAACAGCAACAGUAAUACAAAUGAUUCCACUGGCCCCAGCGAGAGUAGCAGCACAAAUGGAUUGGUGGUUUCUGGAGGAGCAGCUGGAGCAGGCGGAGGAGGAGGGACUGGAGCAGCGAUGCCGAUAUCAUCGCAACAAUCAACUGCCGGCAAGGAGGCCACAGCCGCCGUCUCUUUGCUCGAAAAGAAACUUCCCAAUGUUGUGGUUUCACCGCUGACCAUGAAGGAGCUGCGCCAAAAGGGAAUGACUAAGUACGAUGCCGAGAUGAUCAUGGCCAACGCAGCCUACCAGCAGCAGCAUCAUCAUCAGCAUCAUUUCCAUCACCACCAUCAUCAUCACCACCAUCACCACAAUCAUGGCCAGCACGCAAGUACCGGAGCCGAGGCUACAGCGGCCGUACAGCAAAUGGCGGCCAUGCAGAAGCCAGGAGUCGGUGGAACAGGAGCUGCAGGAAAUGCUGGAGCAACAACAGUGAGCAGCGUAGCCGCCGGAGCUGGCUCCGAGGCUAAUGGUGGUCGUUCCACCAGUCUGCGCAAAUCUAUGCGUGUUAAUAGCACCAGCAGCAGCAUUUCCACUGCAUCCGCGGACGAAGUGAUCGCCCCAGUGGUCGUAGCGAGCAUUCCGCUGCCCACCAAGGCGCCGGUUGUUCUUGUGCCCCGUUGCAAGCCCGCCCAGAUGGCCAUUGCCGCACUGCACCAGAGGCAGCAGCGUCAACUUAGACGUAGCGAACGCCAGAAGGAAAAGUUGACGGACGGCGAGAGCAGCGACACCAGCAGCGAGCAGCAAAAAAAGGAGCAGAAGCAGCAGGAUCAGCAACAUCAGCCACUGCCGCAGAAAACGUUCGUCCUGGCGGAGGAACCACAAGCGGAGAAGCCGGAGCAGGAGAAGCAACAGGAGCAGCAGAAGCGUGUGACGCGAAAUAGUGCGGGAAGAGUAGGAUUGGUAGCCAGAUUAGCCACUGCCCAUAACAAUAACAUUGCAACCACAACAAAUAGCAGCAGCAGCAGCAGCAACAACAAAGCAACAACGAUUACAAAUUGUAAUAAUCAUAAUAGUAAUAAUAGCAGUAGAAUUAAUCAUAAUUCUAAUCUUAGCGGUAGACUUAGUGUUAAAUCGAGGAAGCCAGCACCAAGUGAGGCCUCGUCCAUACCCUCAUCCACAUCAUCAGAAAAUCAGCAGCAGCAGCAACAGGCAACGCGCCGCAGUUGCAGCCCGACUCCCGCCUACAAGAAGAACCUUUUGGCCAGCUUCGACCCCGAUCCUCCUGCCACCCAUGCCACCCAAGGUCUCAAGGAGCAGCUGAAGGAGGAAUCAGUUACUUACUCACCGGUCAAGCAGAAACGCAGCAGAAGGGCAGCUGCUUUGGCGGCAGCCCAAAGUAUCCACUGCGAAGCGUUGGGCGGAUUCCCCACCGGAUCCACUGGAGGCCAGCGCAAGAGGGCCCAGACCGGCGGACCUGCCACCUCGUGCUCCUCCACGACCAUCAGCAAUGUGGAACCCCUACUGAAGACUCCUGAGCGCCGGCUGAAACUGACGUUGCGCAUGAAACGCUCACCAAUCCUAGACGAAGUAAUUGAGCUCGGAACGAGUCUAAGCAACGGAGGGGCUGGCCGAGGUGCAGCGGGCUCCCAUCGGGAAGGAGCAGCUGGGGAGGGAUCUGCUCGAGGUGCGCUAAAUCUAACCGGCAGCAGCUCAAAUGGUAUUGAAUACGAGAUACUGCGCAUGGAGGGCAUUUCAGAGCAUGGCAACGAUGACGACGACGAGGAGGAGGAACAGGAGCAGGAGGAAGAAGAGGAUGAGGAGCUAGCUGCCGAGGAAGAGGAGGAGCCGCCGCCGAAGGAGGAGCUGCAGCUGGUCACCAAGAAGCAGAGAAAAAAGCAGCGCAGCCGGAGCAGGAGCAGCCAACGCAGAUCGCCAGCGCCAAGCAGUGUAUAUGGCACACCGCAGAAGAAGCGCCUCCGUUUGAUCUUCGGCAACGAGUCCCACACCAUAGACAUUCCACCAGCAGCAGCAGAGGGAUCGGGCAGCGGAUCGGGCUUGGAUGACCUGAACAGCAGUGGAGGCGGUGGCGACGAGUCCUUCAAUGCCUCCUAUGCCAGCAGCACUAGUUUGACGGUCAAUACAUCCUCGAGCAGCACCAGCUCAUCCGGCGGAGUGGGCGGAGCUACCUCCACCACUGCAGAGGCUGUGGACUCCUCCACGGUGGGCCCGCCUCUUGCUGCCCAAUCGCCCUCAUCGACGACCAGCAGCUCCUUUCAAUCGGCCUGCACAUCGACCACCAAUAGCAACAGCUACUUUCCCAAUGGCAAGCAGCGAGCGGCUGGCGAGGAUUCCUAUGCGAUGCACUACUACCAGCUGGGCAAGUUUGCUGGAACCCCGAGUCCGGGACAGGGUCAGGCCAUUGUGAGCAGCAGCAGUGGUUCAUCAGGUGGAGGAGGAGGAGGAGGAGGAUCAUCUGGAGCUGGAGCAAGCGCGGGUUUCCUGAGCAUGCCCAAGCACACAUUCGGAACCUGUGCCCUCCUGGCCCCCACCAGUUUCGCCUGCCUGCAAAACCAACCGCAGAUUAGCCAGCAGAAGACCAGUAGCGGCGGAGGAGUGGGAGUGGUGCCCACUUCCACUUCAACAGGCGCGGUCACAUCUCACCAUCAUAAUAACAACCAUCACGGCCAGAAAUAACCAACGACUGAUCUCCAAGCAAAUUGACUAAGCACAGCUGCCAUUGCCAAGAGAAGAAGGGGAGGAGCGCGCAGGGGGAGAGUCUGGGAAAAGGACAUGGUGGAGCACCAGGUGCAGAGAAGCAGGAGUAGCAGGAAUAGCAACAAUAGCAACGGAUGGAGACUGAUGGAGAUUGCUGCGCUGCUGGCGUCGUUGCCUUUGCUGCUUCUGAGUCCAAGCACCCUAUAGAAACUGAAACCGAAACCGUAGGCUUAGAUCUUAGUCCAAGUAGAGAUGACCCUUGAUAUACCUAUACCCUUGGGUUUUCACAUUCAGGAAGCAAACCUAAACAGGCCGACCAACUUGUUAAUGCGAAUCCGGAUAUAUACCAGAUUGUAACUUGUUUUA